AUGAAGAGUAUGCAGCUUGGUUGCAGCAGGAAGAGCAAGGAAGAAAGAAUGUCCUUGGGCGAGGGUGUGGAGGAGGAAGAGGUGGUGAUGCGUUUGGUCGAGGAAGAGGCCGUGGGCAAGAAUUUGAAGCCAGGAACUAAAUCUGUGGAAGAAUACUACAAGGAAAUGGAGCAAGCCAUGAUUAGAGCUCGUGUGCAUGAGGAUGAAGUGGAAUUUCAGACCUACAACAAUGUAGUGGAGCUAGUGCACAUUGCACAAAAGGCUGAGCGGCAAUUGCAUGAUGAUUCUAAACCAACCAAGCAUUCGGCUUUCAGCUCAAGAGCAUCAUCAAGUGCUCCAAAAACAGCAAAGUUCUAUUUGGGACGAGGUAUGUUUGCAUCCGGUUCCAGCUCCAAAGCUAAUGAUCGUUCCAGUGCUGCUGAAAAAUCUGAUACUUCAACACAUGUGGAGAAAUCUGCAAGGCCAACAUCAUCCAAGACUAAUGCUUCAGCAAGUUCCACCUCUAGAAGUAGUGUAAUUCAGUGUUUCAAGUGCUUGGGAAGGGGCCAUAUCAUCAAGGAUUGUCCUAACAAUCGAGUCAUGAUUAUUACUGAGGAUGGAGGAUAUGAUUCAGCUAGUGAAGGAGAGUGGGAACUUUUUGCUGAAAAUGAUGAGAUUGAUGCCACACAAGAAGUUGAAGAUGCUGACUACAAGACUUAUCCUUUUGAGGCAGGUCACACCAUUGUAGUGACCAAGGCAUUGAGUGUUCAGCUCAAAGAUGAGAAGCAAGCACAGAGAUUCAACUUGUUUCACACCCAAGCAAAGGCAAAUGGCAAAUUGAUCAAUGAUUGUGGAGAAGUCAAGGUGCAGCAUAUGGUGAGAGUAACAUUCAGCAUACAUGAUUACACCGACACUGUUGAUUGUGAUGUUGUGCCCAUGACGGAUUUUAUUGAUGUUUUUCCGGAGGAAGUACCAGCUGGCCUACCUCCACUUCGUGGGAUUGAGCAUCAAAUAGAUCUUAUUCCAGGAGCUUCACUUCCAAACCGUCCACCGUACCGCACCAAUCUGGAAGAAACAAAAGAAAUUCAGCGACAAGUACAAGAACUACUCGACAAAGGGUAUGUGCGUGAAAGCCUCAGUCCUUGUGUUGUCCCUGUUAUUCUUGUUCCAAAGAAAGAUGGUACUUGGAGAAUGUGUGUUGAUUGUAGAGCUAUUAACAACAUCACUAUCCGAUAUCAUCAUCCCAUCCCUAGGCUUGAUGACAUGCUUGAUGAACUUAGUGGUGCUGUUAUUUUCUCUAAAAUUGAUCUACGGAGCGGAUACCAUCAGAUUAGAAUGAAGGAAGGAGAUGAAUGGAAAACAGCCUUUAAAACAAAAUUUGAUUUGUAUGAGUGGUUAGUAAUGCCUUUUGGUUUAACUAAUGCACCCAGCACAUUCAUGCGCUUGAUGAACCAUGUUUUGAGAAUUUUCAUAGGAAAAUUUGUGGUGGUUUAUUUUGAUGACAUUUUGAUAUACAGCCGCACCAUGGAAGAACAUGAGGAACAUAUAAAAAUGGUUUUGGAGGUGCUUAGAACUGAGAAAUUGUAUGCUAACCGAGAAAAGUGCACCUUUUGCACUGACAAGGUUGUGUUCUUGGGCUUUGUUGUUUCAGGGCAGGGAGUUGAGGUGGAUGAAUCCAAGGUUGAAGCUAUCAAGAAUUGGCCUACUCCUGUCAAUGUGAGCCAAGUGAGAAGCUUUCAUGGUCUUGCCGGCUUCUACCGACGCUUUGUGAAGAAUUUCAGCACCAUUGCAGCCCCAUUGAAUGAGCUAACCAAGAAGGGUGUUGAAUUUGUGUGGGGAAUCACAUAUGGGUGGAUUGAUGGGCCACUUUGGGAGAGACAAGACUUACUUGCUACUGAGUGA